AUGCCAGAUGAGAAAUAUCGCUCCGGUUUACCUGUGCCCAUCUCCUCUCACACUGCCGACUACAACUGCCACCGGGACCUUGCUCCUCAUGUCAACCUCCACGCAGCUUCGCACACGCAAUCAGGCCAUGGCGGACCCGACAAUGGAGAUGAAGCACUGGCCGCGUUAACGAGUAGAGCCGCCCCAGCCCCCGUUCUGCUUCCCUGCUGGUUAUGCCGAGCCCCAGCUCCCGGCGGCGAGAGACGCGGUUCGGAAAAGAACAUGAACGCUUGUGUUCGUCGGGCCGGUGCCAACAGUCGCCGACAUCCGGUCCGGGGUCUCUCAGAUGCGGAUAAGUAG